AUGGCGACUCCCUUCCUUAUCGCCUACGACCCCUCCACCCCCACGUCCGGGCUCUCCCUCAAGCAGAUCGCCUACUUCGGCCGCGUACUGAUCAAGCCCUCCAACCUCGCCCAAGCCGAGCACUUCCUGCGCCAGAACUUCCGUCUUCUCGAUGUCGUCGUCGACGCGACCGGCAUACCCUCCGCCGGCGACCUGGUCGAUGUCCUCAAUGCUGGCGCCGUCAAGAUCCUGAUCUCCCUCGACCAAUUGACCACCCUCUCCGCGGAGCAAUCCGUUCCCUCGUCGCGGUUGAUCGUCUACGCUACAUCGGACGCCCAAUUGAACAGCCUUGAGCAGUGGAUGUUGGCCAAUGCCAACGAGCGGGACAGUGUCUGUGUUGCCACGGAGCCUGCGGCUGUCUCGGCUGCAGCGGCGCAGUUGAAGAUCCCCGCCGACGCUCAGCGCAUCUACACGACCCAUAAAUCCGAGAAUGUCUCGGAACAAGUGAUCAAGCAGACCAUGCAGAAUGGCGCAAUUGCCAUCCUCCCCUCACAAAUACUCACCGUUGAGCGCAACGUCGCCGACAAGAUCUCUGCCGCGAACCUUCUUGCGUCGCGCCUCGUGACCGACCAGGCGAAUGGCCUGUACGCGACAUCCGUCACAGACGAGCGUGGCUCGUGUCUAGGCGCUGUCUGGAGCAGUCACGAGAGCAUCGCCGAGGCGCUCCGCACAGGGACGGGUGUCUACCAGAGCCGCAAGCGCGGAUUGUGGUACAAGGGCCAAUCGAGCGGCGAUGUGCAGGAGUUGAUCCGGAUUGGGUUUGACUGUGAUGCGGACUGUCUGUGCUUUGUGGUUAAGCAGAUUGGGCGAGGCUUCUGCCACCUCGGUACAGAAUCCUGCUUCGGUGCCUCUACCGGUCUUUCUCGUCUUCAGAAGACUCUCCAGGCUCGCAAGGUGGACGCUCCUGCCGGGUCUUAUACGGCACGUUUGUUCAAUGAGCCUAAGCUCGUGGAGGCUAAGAUUAUGGAGGAGGCCGAGGAGCUGUGCCGGGCCAACACCAAGGAGGAAAUCGCCUUUGAGGCUGCGGAUCUGCUCUACUUUGCCCUGACCAAGUGCACGGCUGCUGGCGUCAGCUUGGAGGAUAUCGAGCGGAAUCUCGACCUGAAGAGUUUGAAGGUGAAGCGGAGAAAGGGCGAUGCGAAGGGUCCUUGGGCUGAGAAGGCUGGUCUGACUGAAUCCAAGCCUGCCCCUGCCAAUCCUGAGCCACCGGUGAAGGAGGACCGCACAACGCGCCUGGAGAUGAAGCGCGUGGUUACCGCUACCACGGCCCCCGAGGUGGUCACCGAAUACCUCAAGCGACCCUCCCAAAAGUCCAAUGAUGCCAUUGUCAGUCUCGUCAAGCCGAUCAUUGAGGAUGUUCGGGACAACGGCGACGCUGCAGUGCUCAAGUAUACCCAUAAGUUCGAGAAGGCUACAUCGUUGACCUCCCCGGUCAUCCAAGCGCCCUACCCACCCGAGCUGAUGCAGUUGACACCCGAGGUGCAGGAGGCAAUUGACAUCAGCAUCGGUAACAUCCGGCGUUUCCACGCCGCACAGAAGGGGGGUAACGAGGACCUCACGAUGGAGACCAUGCCUGGUGUGGUCUGCUCUCGCUUCUCGCGUGCCAUCGAGCGUGUUGGUCUGUAUAUUCCUGGCGGCACGGCUGUGCUGCCCUCCACAGCCAUGAUGCUGGGCGUUCCGGCCAUGGUGGCCGGCUGCAAGAAGAUUGUCCUCGCCUCGCCCCCUCGCGCCGACGGCAGUAUCUCACCCGAGAUCGUCUAUGUUGCGCACAAGGUCGGUGCCGAGAGCAUUGUCCUAGCUGGAGGCGCCCAAGCCGUGGCCGCCAUGGCGUACGGCACUCAGAGCAUCAGCAAGGUGGACAAGAUCCUAGGUCCCGGGAACCAAUUCGUGACCGCCGCCAAGAUGCUCGUAUCUAACGACACGUCGGCGGGCGUCAGCAUCGACAUGCCCGCUGGGCCCAGCGAAGUCCUAGUGAUCGCCGACAAGGCCGCCAACCCAGCCUUCGUGGCAUCCGACCUACUGAGCCAAGCCGAGCACGGCGUUGACUCGCAGGUGAUUCUCAUUGCCGUGGGUCUAACCGAGACCGAACUGUGCGCUAUCGAGGACGAAGUCGACAAGCAGGCCAAGGCCCUGCCCCGCAUGGACAUUGUCCGCGGCUCCCUUGGGCACUCUGUCACCUUCGCCGUGCGCGACAUCACCGAGGCCAUGGCCCUGAGCAACGCGUACGCGCCUGAGCACCUCAUUCUGCAGGUGGAGAACGCCGAAGCGGUCGUUGAAACGGUCCAGAAUGCUGGCAGUGUGUUCAUCGGCCCCUGGACCCCGGAGAGUGUGGGUGAUUACUCGGCCGGUGUUAACCACUCCCUGCCUACCUACGGCUACGCGAAGCAAUACUCCGGCGUGAACCUCGGCUCCUUCUUGAAGCACAUCACCAGCUCGAACCUGACCCCCGAUGGCCUGAUGGGUCUGUCCAAGACCGUGGAAACGCUCGCUGCGCUCGAGGGUCUGGAUGCCCACAAGCGGGCGAUCAGCAUCCGUGUUGCUCAGAUUCAGCAGAACGGGGCAUGA